AUGUUAUCAUCCUUGGCUGUUUUAAGCAUAUGGUUUGUAUUACGUUUCAAGAGAAGACACUUUAAGAACGAUCGAAUUGAAUUGCUUAUACUGUUGCUUGUUGGCAAUACAUUAAGAACUAUAGGUUCUACACAUAUCAGUGAGAUGUAUUUUGCAUUAUUCCCAAUAAAAGGUUGCUUUAUAUAAUUCCAAUCUAGAAUCAUCAUCAUCCUAAAAAGAUGUUUCUUUGUCUUCCAUUCAUAGCUAUAGUGGUUAGUGUCAAUUUAGAAUUUAGUUAUGAACACACAUUAAUAGGUUAUACAUUUAUUCUUCUAAUUUGGUUAUCAACUCAUCAACCUAUUGAUAAAGUUCAUUAGAUAUCAAAGAAUCAUAGUUAUUCCAAAACAUGGAUCAAUCCAUCAGAUAGUAUUAUAAUUCAUUAGAAUGAUAAAUUUGAUCUUGUAGUUAAUCGUUAAGGUAAAUUGAUAUCUCAAACAUCAUCUUAACGUAAACUUAUGGGUACUGAUGAUCCUGUCCUUAUUUAAUAAAUAUUUUAAGAGAUCAUAAUCCAUAAACUUGAUAAAUAAUUCAAGAAAUAUAAAAUUGAUACUCUAUUAUAAUUGAUAGAAUCUACAGAUCUAAUUAAAUGUAAAGUAUUAGAUUGUUCUACACCUUUUGGAGAUAAUUAUAUGAUUGAAUUAACAAUUAUUAAUGAUAAUGUAGGUUUGAAUUUUAUUGAAAUGUUUGAAAUUAGAGAUUAUUGGGAAAGAAAAGUUACUAAAUAAUUAAUGAAUCAAUUAUUUCGCAGUUUUAGUCAUGAAUUCAGUACUUCAUUAAAUUGUAUAAGAAUUCUAGCAGAAAAUGCUAUUGAAGAUAUUGAUGAUGAUUAUAUAGUAAAUACUUGUAUCUAACCUAUUUUGAAUUCAUGUUACAUACUCAAUUCUAUUGUUUAAGAUGUUAGAGAUUUCAGUUUAAUCUUAUCUAAGAAUUUUGUACUUACUAUUUAGAUAUAAAACAUUUAUUUAUUAAUUCAUGAAGUAGCUGAAUUAUAUAGAUAACAACUUAAUAUGAAAGGUGUAUAACUUAAUGUUAAGAUGAAUGAAUUCCAAAUAUAUACAGAUGGAUAAAGAUUUAAAUAAGUACUUAAUAAUCUAUUAUCAAAUGCUUAAAAAUUUACAUUCUCUGGUAGUGUCACAAUUGAUGUUUAAGAAUAAACUAUUCAUGAUUAAUAUUUUAUUAAAGUUAGUGUCUAAGAUACAGGUUCUGGAAUGGAUUAAAACACUUAGACUAGAUUAUAAGAGUUUCUCCAAUAACCACAUAAACGAAAGUCUAAUCUUAAUUAUGGUUUAGGUUUAAUGAUAAGUAAUACUAUUUGUAAUGGUCUAUCUCCUAAUUACGAAUCUGGUAUACAUUUUCAAUCCAAUAAUAAAACUGGGUCUCUAUUUUGGUUCUUUGUUGAGGAUCUCAAAACAAUGGAUAUACCUGAUGUUGUUAGUAGGAGAACUAUUAAAUACAAUAAAAUACAUAGUUCAGGUAGAAGCUUUUUAGAAUAAAGUUUUCUUAUUAGUCCUAGCGAUAAUAAAAGAUAAUCAUCAUUUACAUUCUCAUUAAAAGGAAAAUAAAAAUUAAUUGAAAAAUAAUCAGAAAGUAUUUAUUAAUUUCUUAUACUAAAAAAGAUCUUUCAGAACCAGAUGAUGUUAUUUGUGCUCCAUACGUUUUUAGAGAAGGGCCAAAAAAACCAAAAAAACACAGAUAUCCUUAAAUUGAUUAAGUUGUAAGUGAAUAUGCUGAAGAAAGAGCUAAAAUCCUUAUUGUUGAUGAUGAAUUUGUUAAUAUCUAUGCAUUAACUACUAUGUUAUCAAGAUUAAGUAUUAAAUGUGAUUCAGCACAUAAUGGUAAAGAAGGAUUAGAAAAAUUCAAAUAAUAAUAUUAUCAAGUCAUUCUUAUGGAUAUUGAAAUGCCUAUCAUGAAUGGAAUCUAAGCCACUCAAUAAAUAAUAGAAUUUUGCCAUUCAGCAGACUUGGAUCCGCCAAUUAUUAUUGCCUAAACUGCUUAUACUGAUAUGUAGACUAAACAAAUGUGUAAAGAAGUAGGAAUGGACUAUUUCUUAUAAAAACCUAUUAGUACAAUUGAAAUUAAAUAAAUUUUAUAAACUAUUUAAUUAAUUUUAUGA